GACAUGGGAAAGUCUUUUUCCCAUUUGCCUUUGCAUUCAAAUAAAGAAGAUGCUUACGGUGGAGUCGCAUCAACUGAAAACAUGAGGAAUGGAUUGGUUAGUAAUGAAGUCCAUAAUGAAGAUGGAAGAAGUGGAGAUGUCUCUCAGUUUCCAUAUGUGGAAUUUACAGGAAGAGAUAGUGUCACCUGCCCCACUUGUCAAGGAACAGGAAGAAUUCCUAGGGGGCAAGAAAACCAGCUGGUGGCAUUGAUUCCAUAUAGUGAUCAGAGAUUAAGGCCAAGAAGAACAAAACUGUAUGUGAUGGCUUCUGUGUUUGUCUGUCUGCUGAUUUCUGGAUUGGCUGUGUUUUUCCUUUUCCCUCGCUCUAUCGACGUGAAAUACAUUGGUGUCAAAUCAGCAUACGUCGGUUAUGAUGAUGUAAAGCGUACAAUAUAUUUAAAUAUCACAAACACACUAAAUAUAACAAACAAUAACUAUUAUGCUGUUGAAGUUGAAAACAUCACUGCACAAGUUCAGUUUUCAAAAACAGUUAUUGGAAAGUCACGUUUAAACAACAUAACAAACAUUGGUCCACUGGAUAUGAGACAGAUUGAUUACACAGUACCUACUAUCAUAGCAGAGGAAAUGAGUUACAUGUAUGACUUCUGUACACUGCCAUCCAUCAAAGUGCAUAACAUAGUUCUCAUGAUGCAAGUCACUGUGACAACAACAUACUUUGGACACUCUGAACAGAUAUCCCAGGAGAGGUACCAGUACGUCGACUGUGGAAGGAACACGACUUAUCAGCUGGGGCAGUCUGAGUACCUGAAUGUCCUUCAGCCACAACAGUGAAAGCUGGACGAGAUGCUGCUAGAGAAGAAGAAACAGUAUUGAUUUUUUUUUUAAUCCUCACCUGAGGAUAUUUUUCUAUUGAUUUUUAGAGAGAGU